GUUAAAAGAAUUAAAUGAAUAUAAAAAUAUCCGUCACUGAGAUUUGCGACCAAGGAAUUAGAGACCAAAGUUAAAAUUCGGUCAGUAAAAAUCUAAUUUAUUCACUGAGAUUUGUAAAAAUAUCCGUCACUGAGAUUUGUAAAGUCAUACGGAUCCGGAUACCUAUACGACCCGAAAUACUAAAAGCAUUCGGAUCCGGAUACCUAUACGACCCGAAAUACUACACUACUAGAAAAAGUUGAAAUAGCCACGGAAAUUUAAAAUAAUGUCAUUAUCUGAAGAAAUUGAUGUGAUGUAUAAAGAUUUAAAUAACACAAUGAAUGAAAUAAAUAAAAAUAUUAUAUUAUUAAUAGAAAAUACCAAUAAAAUUGCAGAUUAUACCUUUAAUAAAAUAAAAAAUGGUCUUAAUGAAAUAAAUAAUAUACACGAAACCCUUGAUGAAAUUAAUAGAGAUAAAGAAAUUGAUGAAGAUAUAAAUAUUCAAAAAAUUAGAAAAAUUCUUUAUCAAUUAGAAACCUUGUUAAAACAUGAAGAAAGUAAUAGAAGUAUAACAAUAAAAGAUUUAGAAGAAAUAUUAGUUAGAACAAAAGAAGUAAACCAACUAAAAGUAGUUAAACAAGAACCUAUAACUACAUUUAUGUUAAUAAACCCAUCAUCUUCAUGGAGGGGAUAAAAACUAAAUACAUAGAAGCAUUAAGAAGAUCUAAUGAUAUUGAAGAAAUUAGACAAUUGAUGGAACAACUAAAAAUAAUAGAAGAAGAAAAUAAACAAGUAGAAAAAAUAGAAAAAAUAGAAACUAAGGAAGAGAAUGAAGAAGUAAUAUUAAAUUAUAAUUCUUCAGAAAUAGGAUCUGAAUUAGGAUCUGAAUCAGAUAUAGACGAAAUAUUUAUGGAAAAAGGAGAAACAAGUAAUUCUAAACAAAAAAGAAAACGUGAAGAGAGUUGGAAUCCUCAUAGUUCUUGGGAAGACUAUGAAAAUGAAACUAUGAAUAAAAAAGGUUAUGCAAAGGCCAGUGGAAAAUGGACAAAAGUUGCGGAAGAAUUUAAACCUUACUAUGAAGAAACUAAAUCUAAAAAAUUAUUAAACUUAGACUGUGUAAGAAAUCCAGAGGAUAAACUACAAAGGUGGUCUAAUGAUAUGAUUAUGCUUAUAGCAACCGAUGAAAAAUUUUCUAAGAUAAACCUAAUGGAUGUCAAGAAUUUAAUAGCUUAUAGAACAACAGGAAAUGUGCUGAAAUUCUUAACAAGUAUUAAUGAUGAAACAUGGAAUAAAUAUAUAGGAAUGAUAGAAAAUAAUAAUCAACAAUUUGCUAAACUAAUAAUGGAAUUAAUAUAUAAAGAAUUCAUAGGCUACAACACUCUUGAACAUAAAACAGAAGUAAAUAAACUUUUGCGAGAAAAGGCAGAAAUUCAUCUAAUUAAUAUGCAGAUAUGUAAUAUGUGUGAAAUAGAUAGUUUCAUUUGUGAGUAUAAAAAAAUACUAUUAUGAAUUAGAUAAUGAAACUAGGGAAAUAUA